UGUCAGGUAAUUUUUGAUGGAGAAAACAGCUGAAACUGUGGAUUCAGUAUGGCUUUCAAAGGAUCUCAAACCAUUCAAGCAGGGAGCUGAGGCUUAUCUGUAUCGAUGUGCUUAUUUUGGCCGGAAAGCAGUCAUCAAGGAACGAUUCGCCAAAACUUACAGGCAUCCGUCGUUGGAUUUAAUUUUGACAAAGGAACGUGUGAAAGCUGAACUGAAUGCUUUGCUUAAGUGUAAAACGAUGGGAAUUGAUGUACCUACGGUAUACUUUGUAAAUAUUGAUCGGAAUUCUUUUAUUAUGGAAGAGAUCCCCAGCGGUACCACUGCUCGACAAUUUCUUGAGGACUUAAAGAAUAGCAGGAACUUUGAAGAAAUAAUUACUGAUUUUGGUAUUCGAUUAGGUCAAAUUAUAGCAAAACUACACUUUAGUGGUAUCACGCAUGGUGAUUUGACAACCUCUAAUGUUCUUCUUCGAAAUGGAAACCCUAAAACAAUUGUUUUCAUCGAUUUUGGUCUUGCUGAGGGUAAUGCAACAGUGGAAAGUAAAGGUGUCGAUUUGUAUGUAUUGGAACGAGCUGUCUCAAGUACGCAUGCUGAAGCAGAAUUCUUCUUCGGUAGUAUUAUGAAAGGAUAUGAAUUAUUCAACAGGAAGCAAUGUGAUGCAGUUAAUAAGAAACUUAAGGAAAUUGAAAGGCGAGGAAGGAAGCAUGAAAUGUUAGGAUAGCUCCAUUUUGUUUUUGAUGAGAUAGUUUAUGUUUGUUUUCGUGACAAAUUAUUUGGCAUACUUUCUUAAAAUGCAUAUUAAAGCUAUCAUGUGGAAUA